CACUCGCCGCAGCCCGCAGGGGAAGACCCCACCCACCAAGACCAAGACAGGGGAAAAGUUGGAACACGACCCCUGUCCCUCCCUCCCGUUGCUCAUAAAACCCUAACGCAGUGGCGCGCACCAGCCGCCCAUGCGCUUCCAAUUCCAUCUCCUCCCGCACCGCAUUGGCCUCUUCUCGUCGAUCUCCUCCAUGUCCAGCUCGCGCCCCGCCUCCAGGCUCAUCCGCGCAUCCCGCCCGGAGCUCAACCCAGUUCAAACUGUAAGGGAAGUGAAGUUUGAACCCGGUGUUUCUUUUGACUACUCCAAGUCUGAAAUGAAUUCUGUCAAGAGGAAAAGGCUGAACCGGGUGCUUGAAGUAAAGGAGGAGCUUCCUAAGAAGCAGGUUAGUAUUGUUCCUGACAUUGAAGAUUUUCGAUAUGUAAAGACUGAGGCAGAAACGUCAGUAACUGCAAAGAGGGUAUCAGCAUCAUCAAAUAAGAACAGUUCACCAGGUGUAAAGGAAGUGAAGUGUGAACCCAGUGUUUCUUUUGACUACUCCAAAUCUGAAAUGAAUUCUGUGGAGAGGAAAAGGCUGAACCGGGUGCUUGAAGUAAAGGAGGAGCAUCCUAAGAAGCAGGUUGGUGCUGUUCUUGACAUCGAUGAUUUUCGAUAUGUAAAGACCGAGGCAAAAACAUCAGUGUUAAAUCUAAAUGUCAGGUUGGAGAAAAAGAUCAGAGUUUCAUCUGUUGUGAAAGUGGAAGUUGCAGCUCCAGAAAAUUGGGAAGCAGUUCUUGCAGGUAUUAAAAACAUUAGGUUAUCUGGCCAGGCCCCCGUAGAUACAAAGGGCUGUGAAAAGGCUGGUUCUCUUCUUCCACCCAAGGAAAGAAGGUUUGCAGUUCUUAUAUCAACAAUGAUGUCAAGCCAGACAAAAGAUGAAGUUACGCAUGCUGCUGUGGAGCGUCUCGGUGAGAACGGUUUACUUGACCCUGAUGCUAUCGUCAGAACAGAUGAGGCCACACUGGCAAAUCUUAUCAAACCUGUUGGAUUCUAUCAGAGGAAGGCCCAAUUCAUAAAAGAAGCUUCCAGAAUUUGCCUUGAGCGAUUUGGAGGAGAUAUUCCAGAUACUUUGACUGAUCUGCUUGCUCUGAAAGGAGUUGGCCCUAAAAUGGCUCAUCUGGUGAUGAGCAUCGCAUGGAAGAAUACUCAAGGAAUCUGUGUGGACACUCAUGUGCAUCGCAUUUCCAACCGUCUUGGAUGGGUUUUCCGAGAAGGAACAAAGCAGAAAACUACUACACCAGAACAGACAAGGAUGUCUCUUGAGAAGUGGCUGCCCAAGGAUGAGUGGGAGCCGAUAAACCCGCUACUGGUCGGAUUUGGUCAGACAAUCUGUACUCCGCUGAGGCCCAAAUGCGGCAGCUGUGGCAUAAACACCAUUUGCCCAUCAGCUUUUAAGGAAGCGUCAAGUCCCAAUCCGAAGCAAAAGAGGCGAGGUCUAGGUCCAACCUAAUCGGCGGGUUGCCCUCUGUACCUUCUUAACAUGCGUGAGCUACUGAUGUGGUGGUAUGGAAGGUAUAUAGUACAGGUACUUUCCUGGGUUCUUUUGGUUGGCCUAUAUUGUUUGGAUAGCCUCCUUUGGCAGUGCCAUUGGAGAACUAUAGUAGUAUCAUCAUUUUGUAUAGAAGUAAUAUAUUAUCGACCCUGUCAAGUUGCAAUAUGAUUUUCCGGUGAUCGAAGGAAAAUCAUCGAAGUUUGAUCC